UCCCAACCAGCCCGGCUUCCCGCUGCCAGCAGUCCCUCCACACCUGUCAAUCAGCCUGUGUUAGAGACAAGGGGCGGGGCCCAGUGUUCUGAGUCGCCAGCUGGGCCUACGAACUUAUCUGAUUGGAUACCACAGGACUUGGUGGAUGGCGGUGUUGAUGAGGAGCAGGACUUCUUGGACGCUGUAGAUGAGAUGGAGCUUCUCCCAGAGAACUCAACAGAGAGGAAACGGGUUGAGAACCACCAUGACACUGAUUCUUUCCAUGGCCCUGAGCAACCUGAAGUCAUGGACAAGGCCGGGGAGAGCGGGAGUCCCUGUGAGCAACAUAAGGAACCUCAGAAAUCCUACCUGCUCUCCAUUAACCUGAAAGAGGGCCGAGGCCUUGUCAUCAGAGACCGCUGUGGUACGAGUGACCCGUAUGUGAAAUUCAAGCUUGAGGAAAAGACGUUGUACAAAAGCAAAGUGAUCUAUAAGAAUCUCAACCCAACCUGGAAUGAGUUUUUCUCCUUCCCCAUCCGUGACCUACAAAAGAAACUGCACAUCAAGGUCUAUGAUCGAGAUCUGACCACAGAUGACUUCAUGGGCUCCAGCAGCGUGCUCCUGAGUGAACUGGAACUUGAGAAGACAGUAGAAAUGGUACUACAUCUCACUGAUCCCAACAGUCUGGAAGAUGACAUGGGUGUGAUUAUCAUUGACAUUAGUCUGUCAGUCAGAGAUGGAGAAAACAAACAAAAUAAGUGGGUUCAGAAGAGAAAACGAAGUAUGAAGGCGAGCUCGUCCCCGCAGACCCGGCGUCUCGCUGAGUCUCUGAAGAAGAGCCAGCUGUGGUCUGGAGUCCUGAGCAUCACGCUGGUGGAGGGACACAAUCUACCUGACGAUGGAGCUGGAGACAUGUUUGUUCGCUUCAAACUCGGAGAACAGAAAUACAAGAGCAAGAGUCAGUGCAAAAAGGCUAACCCUCAGUGGAGAGAGAGGUUCGACUUCAAGCAGUUCAUUGAUGGGCCAAACUUUUUGGAGAUAAGUGUCUGGGCCAAAGAGGGCCGGAGAUACGAGGAAUGUUAUGGACAGUGUGAAGUUGACAUAUCUGCGCUGAAGGAGAACAAAUGUCAGUUGUUCACGUGUAGCUUGGACCAGUGUCGAGGCAAAGUGGUUUUCCUCAUCACUCUGACGAGGUGCAGCGGCGUGUCCAUUACUGACCUGUGUACGCCCCUACUGGACGAGCCACAUGAGAGAGAAAACAUAAUAAACAAAUAUAGCUUCAGGAGCUCCUUGAAGAAUUUAAAGGACAUCGGCUUCCUUCAGGUCAAAGUGAUCAAGGCUUCAGACGUCAUGGCUGCAGAUUUAAAUGGGAAGAGUGAUCCGUUCUGUGUGCUGCAAUUGGGAAAUGACAGACUGCAGACUCAUACAAUCUACAAAACUCUUCACCCUGAGUGGAAUAAAGUCUUUACAUUUCCAGUCAGAGACAUCCAUGAUGUAUUGGAAGUUACAGUCUUUGAUGAGGAUGGAGACAAGGCCCCAGAUUUCCUGGGGAAAGUGGCCAUUCCUUUACUCUCGGUACGUAACGGCCAGCUGAUUUCUUGCCCGUUGAAGAAAGAGGACUUAUUAGGAUUAUCCAAAGGAACCAUUUUGUUAGAGCUUGAGGUCAUGUUUAAUCCAAUCAAAGCAAGCAUCAGGACCUUCAACCCAAAGGAGAGGAAAUUCCUUGAAGACAAUCCGAAGUUUUCUAAAAAGGUCCUGGCAAGAAAUGUUCUCCGUGUGAGGAACAUCUAUAGAACGUUGAGUCAAAUGUUGCAGUAUAUCAAGAGCUGUUUCCAGUGGGAGAGUGUCCAGCGGAGUAUCUUUGCAUUUGUGAUCUUUGUGCUCACAGUGUGGUACUGGGAGUUCUACAUGUUCCCUCUGUUCCUGGUCAUACUAUUCAUAUGGAACUAUGCUCAGGUCGCCUAUGAGCGGGGCGGCCAGGAAAUGGACAGUACAGAUAGUGAUGAUGAGGAUGAAGACGAGAAGGAAUCUGACAGAAGAGGUUUGAUAGAUAAGAUCCACAUGGUCCAGGAUACUGUUGUCACUGUCCAGAACUUGUUGGAGGAAAUUGCAUGCUUUGUUGAAAGAAUAAAAAACACGUUUAAUUGGUCAGUGCCGUUCUUAUCAAACCUGGCCUUCCUGGUUCUCAUCAUUGUCACAGUGAUCACAUACCUCAUCCCGCUGCGCUACAUUAUUCUGCUUUGGGGUAUAAAUAAAUUCACGAAGAAACUACGGAAUCCAUAUGCUAUUGAAAACAACGAAGUGAUGGAUUUCCUCUCCAGAGUGCCUUCAGAUGUCCAAAAGGAACAGUAUAUGGUUCCUAAACCCGUCCACGUUCAUACUUCUUACAGAAGAAAGAGAGCUGUCCAGUAGAGAUCCAGACCUGAGCUCAUCUUCAACGACACUUAGUUAAUAUCAGUGACACUACAUAUCCACUCAAUUCUCUCUGCUUAUUUAAAUUGAUCAUUUUUAAAUCCCAAUAAUUUUAAAAAUGAUUUGUUUAUUUUAAAAUCAGUUAAUUAUUUUAAAUUGUUUAUUAUUCUGCGUGCUGUGCAACGUUUUAAGUGACUUAAAAAUCAAACUUUCCCUUACUUGGGGGGGUUACUAGUGGGUUUGUACCAGAGAAAUUAAUUUUAAGAAGGAUUUUUAAUCAUCUAAGCUUGUGGUCAUUUUAUUUUCAGUGUCCUCCACUAAUAUUGGCACCCUUGGUAAAUAUGAGCGAAGAAGGCUGUGAAAAACUGUCUUCAUUGUUUAACCUUUUGAUCUUUUUUUCAAAACACUUCACAAAAAUACUCUGCUCUCAUGGAUAUCAAACCAUUUCAAACACAACACAGGCUUAUCCAAUAAAAAAUAUCUUUGUUAAAUUACUGGCACCCCAGGAAAUUGUUCAACCAUGACUUCCUGUUUUACAGGGGUAUAAAUAUGAGCAGGGGCAUCACUACUGGGGCAUGAGCCCCAGUAAAAUUUUGCUGUGCCCGAGUAAAAUGUUUCCUGAUAAAUAAUUGACUUGUUAUUACAUAACUGAAUGUCAGUAAAGGAAGAUGGCAUUGUAAUUUUAAAUCUUCAGUAAACAGAGUGUUGUAUUUUAUUUCCACGUAUUUUCGUGUAAACCCUGUGUGAUUGGUCUCGCCUCCAUACACUGCUGUCUUCUUUUACUGACGUUCAGUUAUGUAGUGACAAACCGCUAUUAUAAUUAUUCAGGGCUAAAGAAAAAUUUUCAGGGCUACAGCCCCAAAAGCCCAGGCCAUGUUACACACCUGUUAGACAGCAAGGACAAACGUUGCAUUUGAAUGAUCUACAUUUCAAUGCAGAAUUUCAUUUCUCUACCCCUGAAAUAAAUCUUUUAUAACCUGGACCUGAAUCUACAAUCAAAAGAUCAACAAAUUACCCAGAUAUGGUAAAAAAAAAAAAAAACUAUCAAAGCAUUAACCCUUUCACACUUAGGUUUAAAAUAUUCCAACUGGGUGCCAGGGUGAGGUUUUUUUAUUAUUAUUUGUUUAUUUAUUUAUUUAUUUAUUUAUUUAGUGAGUUAUUUUUAUGCAACCAUUAUGCCCCCAGUCCGCCACUAUAAAUUUUGAAGUACUUUUGUCAAAUUCGUGGGGGGGCUAUGCCCCAGUACUGAUCAAACUCUAGAAACGCCCAUGAAUAUGAGGUAACAUUUACAUUUACAUUUAUUCAUUUAACACAUAGGCCAAAUUUCCUUAGUCAUUCAUAACAAUGGGUUAGACCAAGAAAUAUAGCUGUGAUGUGCGGCAAAUGGUUGUUGAGCUUCACAAAAUGGGAAGUGGCUAUAAGAAAAUAGCACAAGCAUUGAAAAUGCCCAUUUCCACCAUCAGGGCAAUAAUUAAGAAGUUCCAGUCAACUGGACAUGAACCAACCUGGAAUUGGACGUGUGUCUAUAUUGUCUAUAUUGGAAUGGGCCGUGGUUGGAUCUUCCAGAAGGACAAUGGUCCAAAACAUGCAUCAAAAUCAACACAAAAAUGGUUUACUGACCACAAAAUCAAGGUCCUGCCAUGACCAUCCCAGACCCCUGACCUGAAUAAACUGAAGAGGAGAGUCCACCAGUGUGGACCUUGAAAUUUGAAGGAUCUGGAGAGAUUCUGAAUGGAGUCUCAGAUCCCUUGCCAUGCAUUCUCCAACCUCAUCAGGCAUUAUAGGAGAAGACUCAGAGCUGUUCUCUUUGCAAAGAGAGGUAGCGCAAAGUAUUAACUAAUAAGGUUUUUUGAUAAACCUGUCUUGUGUUUGCAAUUGUUUGAUAUCCAUGAGAGCAGAGAAUUUUUGUGAUUUAUUUUUUUAAACAAAUGAUCAAAGGGUUAAACAAUUAAGACAACUUUUUCACAGCGUUCUUUGCUCAUAUUUUCCAAGGAUGCCAAUAUUAAUGGAGGGCACUGUAUAUAUGUAUAUGCAUAUGGUUACUCCACAGGAACCACUGAUCUAAGUUUGCUUUAAAGGGGUGGAAACCACACAGAUACUGCUCCCAGAUGCUAUGGGCUGCAUCCUAAACUGCAUAGUGUUUAGCAUAUACUGUAUACUGUAUACUUGAUAUUUUAAGGACUCAACCUCCAAGUUGCUAAUUACUGAGUUAUAAGAGAGUGCAAUAUACUGCGAUACCUGUUGUCUAUUGGACCAGGAUGCAUUUUAUGGUGUAGCAGUACAUGUAUGUGCAAAGUUUGUGGUUUUCACAGUAAGCCUUAGUGGUGGCGUUUUAAACUAUUCAUCUUUCAUAGAUUAAUGUAACUUAUAAGAGAUUUACACUUCAAAAUGUUGAUAUAUUUUUGUACUUUUAAGACUUUUAUAAUGAUUAUGUGUCAUUAUGAUUGUAAAAAAAAAAAAUAAUAAUCCAUUUUAUCGGAUCCAUACGGAACUUUAAGAAGCAGAAGUGCCUUCUGUGUAUGCUGUAUAAUUGUAAAUAAAACUGAUUUGAAGUUGUACUUUCCAAACCACAUACAUCUAUAUGUGUUACAGAGUUGUGUUGGAGAUUAUUGAGGACAUUGACACUUGUAUUUCUUGUUUACCAUUGACCAUACUUUUCAAUUAUUUUCCAUAUGUGUAACAACUUCUGCAACACAUUACCGACUCACUUUGGUUUCUUCUCUGGGUGUAUACGGGAUUAAUGUACGCAGUAUCUUGAUCUUUUGCACAGAAAAUGUUCACUAAAUUUGACUCACUGUUCACUGUACAGUGCUCCAGAACACAAUAAACUCAGUCAAUC